GCUGUCUGGAUCAGUGGUGUAUAAAAACUGGGCCCGCAUCUUGCUUUCAAACCCUUCUGCGUGGCUCCUUGGCUUGGACAGUAGGAGGGUCAAGGAAGCUUGACAGUCUUCUAAGCACCCUAUUCCAUUGCUCAAACAGAAGGCAGGAAGAUGGCGGACCAAAUGUCUCAAAUGGAAUGCAGCAUAGAAGCCAUCAUCAACAUCUUCCACCAGUACUCCGUACGACUAGGGCACCCGGACACCCUGAUGCAGAAAGAAUUCAAACAGCUGGUGCAAAAAGAGCUGCCAAACUUUAUCAAGAAGCAGAAGAAGGAUGAAAAAGUCAUCAACGAAAUCAUGGAGGACCUGGACACAAACCAGGACAAGCAGCUGAGCUUUGAGGAGUUCAUUAUGCUGGUGGCCAAGCUGACGGUAGCCUCCCACGAGGAGAUGCACAAGACCGCACCCCCAGGAGAUGGCCACAGGCAUGGGCCAGGCUUCGGGCAGGGUGGCUCGGGCCCAUGCCCCAGCCAGGGUGGCCACGGCCACAGCCACGGAGGUCACGGCCACGGCCACAGCCACGGUGGUCACGGCCACAGCCACUAAUCAGGAGGCCAGCCGCUGCCCACCUAGAGCCUCAGGGCUGCCUUUGCUGUGGGGCAGGGUGAUGGGGGUGAAAUAAAGUCUUCCUCCCAGUCA